UGCUCAGUCUCUGCCGCAUCCUCCUGCCUGUCGCCAUGGCCGCCUACAAGCUAGUGCUGAUCCGGCACGGCGAGAGCGCCUGGAACCUAGAGAACCGCUUCAGCGGCUGGUACGAUGCUGACCUGAGCCCGGCGGGCCACGAGGAGGCGAAGCGUGGCGGACAGGCAUUGCGAGAUGCUGGCUAUGAAUUUGACAUCUGCUUCACUUCCGUGCAGAAGAGAGCAAUCCGGACCCUCUGGACAGUCUUGGAUGCCAUUGACCAGAUGUGGCUGCCAGUGGUCAGGAGCUGGCGCCUUAAUGAGCGACACUAUGGGGGUCUGACUGGUCUCAAUAAAGCAGAAACUGCUGCUAAGCAUGGUGAGGCGCAGGUAAAGAUCUGGAGGCGAUCUUACGAUGUCCCACCGCCUCCAAUGGAGCCUGAUCAUCCCUUCUACAGCAACAUCAGUAAGGAUCGCAGGUACGCAGACCUUACUGAGGACCAGCUACCCUCCUGUGAGAGCCUCAAGGACUCUAUUGCCAGAGCUCUGCCCUUCUGGAAUAAAGAAAUUGUCCCUCAGAUCAAGGAGGGGAAAAGAGUCCUGAUUGCAGCCCAUGGCACAGGCCUUCGGGGCAUCAUCAAGCAUCUGGAGGGGCUCUCAGAAGAGGCCAUCAUGGAGCUGAACCUGCCAACAGGCAUUCCCAUUGUCUAUGAGUUGGACAAGAACUUGAAGCCUGUCAAACCCAUGCAGUUCCUGGGAGAUGAAGAGACCGUGCAGAAAGCCAUGGAAGCUGUGGCUGCUCAGGGCAAGGUCAAGAAGUGAA